AUGGUCGGCCAGGCGUGCGUCCGUGGUACCCCUUCAAAUAAGUUGACAGGUGCUGCAGCAGAAGCUGCAGCUAAGGUCAAUAAGCUUCUUCUACACGAACUCACUGUGAGAGUCAACAAUAACCCUUCUACAAAUUUAGAGGAGUUGAUACAGUUCAAGCUCAAAACCUAUCCCCCUCUACGUCAACUUUUUGUAGACUCGGCUGUGGAGGCUGAAUCAACGAAGAACACUGAAACCCCGUCUGGUCCUCCACCGGCUGUAAGAGAGGAAUUUUUGAUCCCUUCGGAUGUUGUUGUCAUACAUCCAUUGAGUAUGGAUGUUACUCGCGCAGCCCAGUCAGUCUCAACUUGCGCUAGCGACUCUUCCGAAAUCCCGAGCACGAUCAGAGGUCUCAAUGAUCUAAUCUUACACAGUGACAUACUAUGGCAUUUUGGAUCGACCGCAGUACUAGGCAUUACCCCAAACCUGGCUAUGAAACUCGGCAACUACAUCGAUGUGGAUCAUCUAGCAAUGGUGGAAGACAUAAAACGCCAAAAUUUGCGAGUUCCUAUACCGGAUACUCACGGUGUGUUGCAGCAAACCGGCACUACUCGGAACUUCGUCUUCAUGUCCCGCGUGCCGGGACAACCGCUGGGUUCAAUUUGGAAGACGUUGAGCCCCUACCAGAAAGCGUCGGUCCGAGAGCAGCUAAAUGCCAUCUUCAGUGACCUAAGGUCGCUCCCUUUUACACCAUCCGAUGAACCUGGUGCAGUGUACGGUGGAGGCACGCCUCGCCGGUGUAAAGAUACCAGAAGAGAGACUCGUGUGGCAGACACGCCGAUCAGCAAUGAGACAGAGUUCAAUCAUUUCCUGUCAUUUAAUCCUCGGCGUGCUGAAACGAGCCAUAUUGUGAUGAUUCGAUCAUAUAUGACGACUAGACACAGACUGGUGAUGACCCAUGCAGAUCUUCAUCCUCGAAACAUCAUGGUUACUGUCACCCCUUACUCAUCUAGCCCCAACGAAGUCGAUGGACAGUGUCUACAGACAUCCGAAGCCUUCACCGGUACAGACGACGUGCCAUCGGAGCGAGUAACAAUUACAGGUAUAAUAGAUUGGGAAACGUGUGGUUGGUAUCCAGAAUACUGGGAGUACCUGAAAGCAUUGAACACAAUCUUUCCAGGAUGCGAUUGUGAGGAUUGGUGGGAGUACUUGCCAACAACGAUCGGGGUUUGGCCUAAGGAGCAUGCAGUCGACCUGAUGUUAGAUAAAUGGUGUCGGUGA